AUCUGUAGAACUGUAGGAAAAACUAUCUGUUUUUGUACCCCCCCCCCCCUCUCUCUGUGUGCAUGGAUGUGGGGUGUGAGAGGAUUCUGUCCCUCCCAUGCCAUGGCAUAUAAGUCUCACAGAGUUCACCAACAAUGCACUCUGCCUUCCAUACUGGAUACAUAUCUGUCUCCUGAUCUUAAAAACAAGAGACACAAUGAAGCAAAGCCAUUCACUCAGAAGACUUUCAGCUCCAUCAGCAAGAAGGAGGCCUCCACCUUUCAAAUGCUCAUUGGCCUGGACCCAGAUCCUGAUGAGCUAGCACAGAUGAAACACAAAGCGCUUCAGGAUCAGCACCACCUGGAGGUGUACUGGGGUAUGUACCGUCUGAGAGAUGAACUGGCCCACCGCUACGCCGCACUGCUGAGAGAGAAGGUGCAGCGGCAGAGACUGGAGAUCAGACAGCGCGAGGAACACCUCAUCCAAACUCAACGCAGCCAGAUAAAAAAAAAAAAGAAGAAGAGUCCAGAGGGCCAGAAACUCAGCCGCCUCACAGUUUCUCACAACGAAGUACAUUUCAGAGAUUUCCCUAAAACCACUUAUUAUCUGAUCCUGGAAGUGCAGAGCCUGCUGGUCCAGCACGGCUAUCUGAAGACCCAUCAGGAGCGGGAGCUGUUCAACCAAUGGGUGGACCAGCACCGUAAAGGCAGCAAGCUGAGAGAGAAGCUCAACCAGAUGGUGAUUUGCAGCAAGUCAGCUCCAAAUCUAGGGUUUGAGAGUCUCAUGAAACGACAAUUUCUGCUGCCCAAGAUUCACAUCUCAAGUCAUGACAGAGACCCUCAGGAAGAUACGGCCGUGGGGAGGCAGGGUAUGCUGGGGGAGAGCGGAGGCAGUACCCCCGACCCGGGAGGCAAACAGGCACAGGAGUGGGACGGAGCUAAACAAAUGUUUCCCAAGAUGGUCUCCCAACCAGUCAGGAGGCCCAAGUUUGCUACCCUGCAGCCCAGCUUUAUGGACGCUCUCAGAAAUACUAUUCUCCCAACAGCCCCCAAGCUUCCUGAGAAGAGGAGCAUAGAUAGUAACCUGCUGAAGCUCCGACUCAUGCACAACCUCUCUCUCACUCACAUGGCCUUCUCUCAAAGACUGUUGGGGAAAGGUGGACCUAUUUUGGAGGAUGGAUAUCAAAUGAGACAUCUGAGUGAUUACAUGUUCCCACAUAGUAAUGACUUCAUGGAAGCUGAUCAAACCACCAGAAAAACUCUCCUCUCUUCUUUGUCGCAAAGCCUCAGCAACAGGACCACAUCAGAUGUAGAUGGAGACACGGAGCCUACCCCAGCUCUCUGCCCACAUACUGAAACUAAAUCAGAAACUCAGGAUAGGAAGCCUUGUGAAGGAGGGAUUGCUUCCGUUCAUCCAGAGGAGCCCUUGUCUAUAAAUGACUUGCUUCAGCAAAACACAUCACCUGUGGACGAUUGCAGUGUGAAGAUGUGGCAGAAUUACAGUAUGCUUAAGUGUUGCAUUAAAUGACCUUGAGGAAAUGCAUGGUAUGCAGACUCUGAAAAAGUCUGCUUUGCCAGGAUGUUGAAAUUAUGUGACAAAGAGCUGUUUUGUGUAGAAUGAAAGCAGCUGCUUCAUGCAUUUGGCAUGUCUAGUAAUACUGACAUUAGAAACCAACCCUUAAUUAAUAUUUAGGCACUUAUUUGGUGUGAUGAUCAUGCCCUGAAUUACUUUUGUGUGAAAC